GCAGAGCACCAAGAAAAGCUUUAUAAAUAAGGAUGUCAGGAGUUGUAAGUUGUAGGUUUGUUGACAUACAAUAAACUCCAGCAUGAGUCAGACACUGCUCGGCAAACCAGAAAUGUAUUUCCUCUCAACAAUGAUGAGGCUUGUUUGCUUCCUGGAUCGCACACCUUCCAUGCAGUCAGCUGAGGGCCACGCCCUCCCCAGGAUGCUGCAGAAAAGCCUCUCCUCCUGCAUCACCUCCAGUAAGCAUCAGCGCCGCUCGUUUAAAUCCUUCCUGCAGAGAGCAAACACACACAGAGGAGCAGAAACUUUCCUGUUACUCAACUUUGACUUUUACAGCUCAGAACAUGUCUCGAGGGUUGAUCCUGUUGGUCGCUGCGCUGGUGGUUUAUGUGUCGCCGGACGUCCAGGGAACGGCUCAUUUGUCAUUUUCCAAUAAUACAGAGGUGAACAUCACUCGUGACGGGUGCGGAGACACUAAACUGUGUGUGGCGACACCAGAUGGCUGUGAUCCUGCUGGAAACACCAACUGUCUGUUUACAUCUGUGACGACCAGCUCCCAGGCUCCCAGCGGCACUGAACUGUCCGUCGAACUGAGAGGAAACUCCACGGGAUACAUCGCACUGGGACUCACUCUGAAUGCCACAGAGGGCACCACCAUGCUUUUCAUCUGCGCUCAAAACAACGGGUCGUUCUUGUUCCGGACCAGGCAGAACAACAACACCGACAAUGAGCUCACCCCCACUGAGAGGAUAGUGAGAGAAAUCCGUGGCGUGGUGAACGGAAGUGUGAUCAAGUGUGAGUUCGACAUCCCAAACGUGACCGACACCACCCUCUCCGUGCUCCUCGGGGUCGGAAGUUUGAAUGGAAGUGUUUUCGGUGCCUUCGACAACCGGAACAGCGGUCUUCUGAACCUCACCCAACCGGUCAGCAACGUCCCCACCACGGCAGCACCCACCACGGCAGCACCCACCACGGCAGCACCCACCACGGCAGCACCCACCACGGCAGCAAACACCACUAUGGCAGCAAACACCACGGCAACCACUAUGGGCACAACCACGCCCAACGACAGUGGAGCUGUCCAGCCUCACGCUGUGCUGCUGCUGAGUGUCCUCGCACUGUGCGUCAUGCUGAGAGCCUGAGAGGAGGAAGAUGGAUACAGUGAAGACGAAGGAAACUGAAGCUUUGUAUAAAAUAUUUUUACUGUUUGACGUUAAUUUUGCACUGUUUUUACCUGAAACUCCAGCUGGAAAUGAAUGAAAUAAUAUAUUUUCUUUAAAUACCUUUUUUUAACUUGACUUUAGGGCUGCAACUAACAAUUAAUUCACUUACUGAAUUUAAAAUAAAACUCAAACACUUCACGAUUCCUCUUAAGACAAAAAGAAUCAGCUGAAGCGUCACAAUUUAAAUCGUGAAAUAGGGAAUGUAUGGUUGGAAAGGGAUUGUUAUUCUCAGCGAGUCGCUGUGACCUAAAAGGAUGCAGAACGCACGCUCUUCGGUUUUGUUUCAUGGCACAGUCCGACCUUUAUAUUUAUUUAACUUACUUAUUACGCAGCCGGAUGAUUGUAGUAUCUACUCAUUAGUUUGGAGGUCAAACUGAAAGUGAACACGCCUGAAAUGAAGGCAAUA